UGCGCGCCGGCGGGGCGGCGGCUAUAAAAGGGGCGCUCCGGCGACGGGCCGCUCCAAGCCUUGCGCUCUUGGGGAGGUGCGUUGCGUUGUGCUCCGUGGCGGCUCCUUGUCUUGCGCGGCGAUGCAGCGGUGGAUGCUCGUGCUGGGCGCGGCGUGGCUGGCGGCGGCUCCGUCCGCCUCGUCCCCGGGCAAAGUGGCUUCGUGGGACGAGGUGAACGUGCUGGCGCACGGGCUGCUGCAGCUGGGCCACGGCUUGAAGGAGCACGUCGAGCGCACGGGCGGGCAGCUGCGGGCGCUGGGCGGCCGGCUGAACGCGCACAACGCUUCGCUGGCCCGCCUGGAGCGCCGCGCCGACGCCCAGCGCCUCCUCGACGGCCGCGUCGCCGACCUGGCCGCCCAGCUGCGGGCGCUGCUGGCCGAGCUGGCGGCGCACAAGGCGGCAGUGCACGACCGCCUGGAGCGCCUCGACAGCAAGCUGCGCCAGGGGCUGCGCCAGGACGGGCCCGAGAACGGCAGCAGCAGCCCCCGACGGAGCGGAGGAGCGGCCGAGCUGGGCGCCCUGCAGGAUUUCAUGAGUCGCCAGAACCUGCGAAUCGAAGAGCUCUUCCAGAAACUUAAACAGCAGCAGUACCGAAUGGAUAAGCAGAACCUCCAGAUCAAAAGCCUCCAGAGCAAGGUGAACAUGUUACUACCAAUGCACAUCAAAGAAAACGAAACGCAGACUCCCCGAAAGAAGAAUAAUGUCUUGCGCAGUGCUGACCGUGUGGCCAAUCACAGCCAAAAUGCCCGCACCCGGACUUCAGAUGCCUCCAAAUUCCCUACAGGUUGCCACCAGCUUUUCCUGGAGGGGGAGAGGAGCAGUGGGGUAUUCCAGGUCCAGCCUCCUGGCUCUCAGGCAUUCGGCGUCUUUUGUGACCUGGCUCCAGAGAGCGGUGGCUGGACGGUGAUUCAGAGGCGCCAGGAUGGAUCUGUUGAUUUUGACCAGCUGUGGGACGCCUACAGGAACGGCUUUGGAAACAUGACCGGAGACUUCUGGCUUGGUUUGGACAAGAUCCACCAGAUCGUGCAAGAACAAAUGUUCCGUCUCGUCAUUGAGAUGCAGGACUGGGAAGGGAACUCCCAGUUGGUCCAGUUUCUUUUCAGACUGGGUGGAGAGGACACUGCCUAUACGCUCAGCCUCCUAGGUCCCGUCCUUGGGGAACUGGAGAAUGCCAUGGGUGACUUCCCUCAUCUUCCGUUCUCUACACGGGAUCAAGACCAUGACCUCAAAGGAGACGCUAAUUGUGCCAAACAUCUUUCAGGAGGCUGGUGGUUCAGCACCUGUGGCCACGUCAACCUCAACGGGAAAUACUUCCGCUCUAUCCCACGCCAGCGGCACGAGAGGAAGCAGGGUAUCUUCUGGAAGACUUGGAAAGGGAGGUAUUACCCCUUGAAAUCAACCACCAUGAAGAUCCAGCCCCUGGAUUCCUAAAAGCGUGGGUCGCCCAGGAUACUGGGUGCCCCUUUGGUUUCCGCUUCUGCUGAGAUGGAAGCGAGUUCUGUCAGCUCCUGUUGGGGACUUUGCAGAUCCUUUCUGCUGGCUUCCCGUUAAGACCGCGGAAAGAAGCCUUCCUUUGCAAGUGAUGCCCCUUGCAGUGGCCUGUGGGGCAGUAUGGUGACUAGUUUCUCUGGGAGAACCGCUUGGGGGAUGACUCGGGGCAGUUGAGCAAGGAAGCAGACUUCCAGGUCUACUGACUGAGCUGGCACCUAAGGUUCUGGCGUUUGCAUGAAGGCCACUAGUCAGCAGUGCUAGCCGGGGAGGAUGUUCUUCUGGAUCUCACUCUUGUUACAAAUUUAAAUACUCCCCAACUAACUGUUUUUGUUAAGGAGAGGGCUGUGCAUCUCAUUUAUCUUGGAAAGGGCUCAAGAUGUCCCUACUUGCUCACCUCUUCCUGCCUUGAAAAGCUGAGGACUGUUAAGACUGUGGGCUGCACCGUCCCUCGUGAACUGGCUCUCUUUGUAUAGUGGCCCCUGUUGUUUUGUGGCGUCCCUUUCCAAAGUAGGAGGUGUCCUUGGACCCCACUGGAUAAUGCUUUCAUCAGAAUGGUCAGUAAAAUUCCAGCUGCUCUGCUUCUGGCACGGAAGAGUUUGCCCUAGCUGAGCCUGGAGUUGGUGGUUCUGGUCUUUGGGUUGUCGUUUAUUUGAACCCAAAACAUAAGAGACUUUCAGAAAGACCAUGCCUUUGCCCUGGGGGUUUGUGGUGCACCUUUAGGGUUACUUAGAGCUGUGUCUGCCUGCUGCUAGUGGAAUAGCCUUUAGGCAGUGCAGGAGCACAACCAGAGACAUUCCAGAGGCAGAAAAUCUAAAUUACACUCUUCACCGUGAGUGGUUAAAAUACAGCAAUUGACUGUUGAAUGUCAUUCAGUUGUAUUCCCAAAAUAAUACCGGUUUGGAUUCUGUGGAUUAUGUAAAAUAGUGGUGGUUUUCCCCGGCACAAGGAGGACUUCCCUUGCAUCAGAGGGAAAGUGCCACAACCAGUGGAACAUACCUGUGGAAUCUAACUCACUAUUUCAAGAAUGCUAAACAGUACAGCUGGGUCUGCAUCUUUUAAAUUCAUAUUUUAAUCCAUAUCUAUAUUGAUGUAAGCUGCUUUUGGGGUUUUCAAAAAGUACGCUUGCUUGGUGACUGCUUCCCAGUCAAGCAAUAAAGCCAAACCGACCAAGAAAGGUUCUUGCAUGGGCUCAUAUUUGGUCUCUGAUACUAGCAGCAGGUAAUCCUUGGGUGUCCAUGGGUUCCCCUGAUUUGCCCACCCGUGUGCUUCAUUUUUUUAAGUCAUAUUGACUCAAGUUCACUCCAAUACUUUGCUGCUUGUAAAUAACCAUUGUAUUAGUUGGUUUGUUGAUUUGACUAUCAAAGUGCUUUAUCCUUUUAAAAAAAUGGUUUCAGUGAUUUUAUUAUUUUUUUUUAAAGACUGCAGUGGGGAACAAUGCUCUUGUAACUUAUAAGGGUUGUCUUGAAUGGAGGACGGCAAGUGUUUUUGUCUCUUUCUUGGUUUUUGUACUUAAGACAUGCAACUCUUUGGUGAAGUGUCUUCCGUUAAUUAUAAUAAUUAAAAAAAACUUAAAACCUU